UAUUUUUGCAAAGUACAUCGAAUAUUUGAGUGUUUCAUCCCAUCUCCCUCGUCCCUGUCUUCAGGACUAAGGUACUUGUUUCCAAUUUCGCAUGUAUUGUCGGCACUACCACUAACAUCACCCCUAACUCACUCAUUCAGACUUCAUCCUUCCUUCAAAAAACCCCAAUUUUAUCAAAACCUCCAUCUUUUUUCAAACAUCAAAACCCUAGAAAAUGUCACUUCUCUCUACUGCUACAACAAUUAACUAACUAACUAACGAACAACAUCAAAUUAGAAAUCGAAAUCGAAAUGGCGAAACCAACUACAUCGUUAUUCCAUCUACAAUCGCUAAAGAAGAAGAAAUGGUUGUUAACGAUCUUAGCUCUGUUCUCGAUUUCUACCCUAAUUGUUCUACUCAUACGAGCUAAUAAUUCUCCUUCUUGCGAUGAUCGCCUCUUUUAUGGUGCUAAAAGUUCCAAUCCCUCGAUCCUUAAAUCUUCGGCUCCUUCUAGUCCUCUUUACUUCAUGAAGUCUAAGCUCGUUCUCUUGGUGUCGCAUGAACUUUCGCUCUCUGGUGGACCUCUGUUGCUGAUGGAGUUGGCAUUUCUGUUGAGAGGUGUUGGUGCUGAAGUUGUGUGGAUAACUUAUCAAAAACCCUCAGAAGCAGAUGAGGUUGUGUACAGUUUAGAAAAUAAGAUGCUAGACAGAGGAGUACAGAUUUUCCAUGCGAGGGGCCAAAAGGCUAUAGAUACUGCUUUGAAAGCUGAUCUAGUUGUUUUAAAUACUGCUGUUGCUGGGAAAUGGCUGGAUGCAGUGCUAAAGGAUAAUGUUCCUCGUGUGCUUCCAAAGAUAUUGUGGUGGAUUCAUGAAAUGCGAGGGAAUUACUUCAAGUUGGAGUUUGUGAAGCACCUACCUUUUGUGGCAGCUGCUAUGAUUGAUUCUCACACCACAGCAGAAUAUUGGGAAAACAGAACAAAAGAACGAUUAGGUAUAAAGAUGCCGGAUACAUUUGUUGUGCACCUUGGGAACAGCAAGGAUCUUAUGGAUGUUGCUGAGGACAGUGUGGCCAAAAGAGUUCUUCGUGAGCACGUCCGAGCAACUCUAGGGGUGCAGAAUGAGGAUGUGCUCUUUGCUAUCAUAAACAGUGUUUCUCGGGGAAAAGGUCAGGAUCUAUUUUUGCGCUCAUUCCAUGAGAGUCUGCAAAUUAUUAAAGAAGAGAAACUGAAGGUGCCUCCUGUGCACGCAGUAGUAGUAGGAAGUGACAUGAGUGCACAUACUAAGUUUGAAACAGAACUCCGCAGCUUUGUUACAGAGAAAAAGAUUCAGAAUCGUGUUCAUUUCAUUAAUAAGACCCUGACUGUAGCUCCAUAUCUUGCCUCAAUCGACGUUCUCGUCCAAAACUCACAGGCACGUGGCGAAUGUUUUGGGAGGAUAACAAUCGAGGCUAUGGCCUUUCGGCUUCCUGUGCUGGGAACAGCUGCUGGAGGCACCAUGGAGAUAGUUGUGAAUGAGACAACCGGUUUGUUGCAUCCUUCAGGAAAAGAAGGCGUUACCCCUCUGGCAAGGAACAUCGUGAAACUAGCAACACAUGUUGAGAGGAGGCUAACCAUGGGAUGGAAAGGCUAUGGGAGAGUGAAGGAGAGGUUUUUAGAGCAUCAUAUGGCAGAAAGAAUAGCGCAUGUCCUCAAAGAAGUAUUAAGGAAAGCAAAGAACCACACUUGAUUUGGCAAAAGACCAUACCAUGAUUGACAUAGUAUAUUGUUCCUUUUGAUGGCCAUAUUACUGUUGAAAGGAGGACAAAACCUCCUUGAAAAGUUUGUACAAUUCGUAGGCGGCAAGCUGAUUUUUUACAAAUAGGGAGAGUAGAAGCUGGAAUUUCACAAAUCACAAGUGUAUAUGAUUGAAUUAUUCAAUUUUCAAUUAAAUUAGUGUUCAGGUCAUUACAACAA